CCCGCCCUCAGCGGGCCCUGCCCACAGCCAAGAUGGCGGUGGCGGCGUGUGGGGGCCGCGGGGCCGGGCUGUGCCCGCUGCUGCUGCCGCUGCUGUUCCUCCCGGGGCUGGCGGCGGGUCCCGCCGGGAUGCUGCAGCCCCGGGACACCCCCUCCCGCGAGCGCAGGGAGCUCGGCGGCCUCUGGAGCUUCCGCGCCGAUCUGUCUCCGGGCAGGGACGCCGGCUUCGCGCAGCGCUGGUACCGGCGGCCGCUCCGGCAGAGCGGCCCUGUGAUUGACAUGCCAGUGCCUGCCAGCUUCAACGACAUCACCCAGGACCCCAGCCUGGAGAAUUACAUCGGCUGGGUGUGGUACGAGAAGGAGGUGCUGCUCCCCCUGCGCUGGCUGCAGGGCGAUCCCGCCCCCAGGGUGGUGCUGCGCUUUGGAAGUGCCCAUUACUACUCCAUCGUGUGGGUGAAUGGGGUGCAGGUGGUGGAGCACGAAGGGGGGCACCUGCCCUUUGAGGCUGACAUCAGCAGCGUGGUGCAGGGCAGCCCAGGAACUCUCUGCCGCAUCACUGUCGCUCUCAACAACACCCUGACCCCCCACACGCUGCCCCCAGGCUCCAUCCAGUACAUGACUGACAAAACAAGGUACCCCAAGAACUAUUUUGUGCAGAACAUCAGGUUUGAUUUCUUUAAUUAUGCCGGAAUCCACCGCCCAGUUGUGCUUUACACCACUCCUGCUGCCUACAUAGAUGACAUCACUGUGACAACCACUUCAUCAGACAGUGUUGCCAUGGUGCAGUAUCAGGUGUCAGUGGUUGGCAGCACAGCCAAUUCCUUGUCGCUGAGUUUGCGUGACCAAGAGGGGAAAGUGGUUGCUACAGGUGAUGGCCCAGUGGGAGAGCUCAAAGUCCUCAACCCAAACCUCUGGUGGCCCUACCUGAUGCACGAGAACCCUGGAUACCUGUACUCCUUAGAGGUGAAGAUGCAGGCACAGGUGGGUGAGGCGCUGCUGGAGGACGUGUACACGCUCCCGGUCGGCAUCCGCACCGUCCAUGUCACCAGCACCCAGUUCCUCAUCAAUGGCAGGCCCUUCUAUUUCCAUGGGGUCAACAAGCACGAGGAUGCAGAUAUCCGUGGCAAAGGCCUUGACUGGCCCCUGAUUGUAAAGGACUUCAACUUGCUGCGCUGGCUGGGGGCCAACUCAUUCCGCACCAGCCACUACCCCUACGCCGAGGAGAUCAUGGACCUGUGCGACGCCUACGGCAUCGUGGUCAUCGACGAGAGCCCGGGGGUGGGCAUCAAACUGCUUGAGAGCUUUGGGAACAAGUCCCUGCAGCAUCACCUGGCUGUGAUGGAGGAGCUGAUCCGCAGGGAUAAGAACAGGCCCUCAGUGGUGAUGUGGUCAGUGGCCAAUGAGCCGGCGUCGGAGCUGCCCCCAGCCGCUCACUAUUUCAAGACAGUGAUAGCUCACACUAAAGCUCUCGACCCCUCCAGACCAGUCACCUUUGUGACAGAUGCUAAUUACGCUCUUGAUCAUGGUGCUCCCUACGUGGAUGUGAUUUGUGUGAACAGCUACUUCUCCUGGUAUCACGACCCAGGCCACCUGGAAGUGAUUCCACUCCAACUCACAGCCCAGUUUGAGAACUGGUAUAAAACCUACCAAAAACCCAUUAUCCAGAGUGAAUAUGGAGCAGACUCAGUGCCUGGACUUCAUAGCGAUCCCCCUCUGAUGUUCACUGAGGAGUACCAGAAGGCCAUGCUCAGGGAGUACCACGCAGUGUUUGACAAGAAGAGGAAGGAGUACAUGAUUGGGGAGCUCAUCUGGAAUUUUGCUGAUUUCAUGACCAGUCAAGGUAAGCUUUUAUUUAUAUUCUACACAACUCUCCAUCCUCCCUGGGAGUUUAGUGGUUUAUGCCACACAAAUAUUGUGCUGGAGGGUAGGAUAAAAGGCCCUCUGUUUACCAGGACAGAGCACAGCUGGUUUUGUCACAAAAUCCAGCAUGACCAGAGCCAAGAGAGAAGGUCCUGUCUGUACUGAGUUCAUCCUUUUCUCCUGCCUGUCCCACCUCAGAGAUGCUCCCAGGAACAUGAGACAAUGCACAAGGGAAGCUUGUGAGAGACCCAGAUUGCCACCCUCAAUUCAGAGCUUCAGUCAGUGGUUAGGGACAUCUCACUUGCUUCUUGUGUCACCUACAACUGCCCUGGGAACAGAUCACCUUAAAUAACCUAAAUUAACUUGGUAGAGGAGCAGAUGCCACACCGGCACACAGCUGUCUUACCAUGACACUCCACCCAUUAUUAAUAGCUAAGUGCAGUCACAAAGGAAGGGAAAUUCCUUAAUUUACAGUGCAGUCACACAGAAAUUCAACAAUCCCAACUCAGAUCUGGGAAGGAACCUGUUCUGUUUGUGCCACCUGCAGUGAGUUGGGGUGGUGAGCAGUGUUAGGAAGCAACACCACUAAAAUACUCUGCAGAGCACCAGGACAGGUAUUAGAAAGCUCAGUGAUGGCAGUGGUCAGAAAAGCAGCAUCAGCUUCAAACAGGACUGAGAAAAUGUAGACAAGGUUACACACAGAUGCAGUUCCCGUCUCUCUACUUGUUUCAAUCCUUUUUUCUACUCUCCUAUGAAAAUUAAAACAGGCAGGAAAAGGAUCUAGACACGACAAAGGACAGUAAAUAGUCAUCACCAUUUCCUCCAUCCAAUCUGAAGGUGGAGCCAAUCUAUUGUAGAUACAGUACUGAUCAAUGGGCACACCCCAGUUAAGUGUCACAGCUCACCAGCUGUAAAUACAAGGAAUUGCAGCUGGAUUGCUCUGUCACAUCCAUGAAUCCUGCCAAGGCUCCCUGUUGUACCUGACUGUGUGGAAAGAAAGUGCAUAGGUCUCUCCCACCUGGCCUGAUUUAGUGCCUACAUUGUAACAGCUCAGAGCAGGGCCUGAAAGA